AUGAAAGAACUGGGGGCCUGUAUAUCUGUAAUUUGUGGUAAGGAAGAUACAUCCAAGGUUCUGUUGGAAUGUAGCGGCGGUGGCUAUGCAGUCAGCAGGGCAGGCACUGGGUUGAUCUGGUUGGAUGAUGUGUGUGCAGGGAACGAGACUCGCAUACCCCAGUGUUCUCAUCCUCCUUGGGGAGAAAAUAACCGUGGGCAUCACGAAGACCUCGGUUUAUUAUGUUCAAACGAUGCAACAGAAGGAAUCAGCCUCGUAGGUGGACAAAAAACAGCAACCAGUCAAAGCGGACGUUUGGAGGUUUUCUACUUCGGUGUAUGGGGGACAGUUUGUGACAACAACUCCAACAAACGCACAGCCAAUACUCUUUGCCGCAUUCUUGGCUACAGCCAUGGCUAUCCGGUCACUCGAGCAGGAUUUGGAGAAGGUACUGGGUUUAUUUUGUUGGACGGUGUGGUUUGUUCAGGGAACGAAACUCGCAUAUCUCAGUGUUCACAUGCUCCUUGGGGAAAUAAUAAAUGUAGGCAUGGCCAAGACCUUGGUUUGGUGUGCACUAACGAUACAACAGUUGCAGAAAAAAUCAGGCUUGCAAAUGGAUCAACGACAGCAACCACUCUAAGCGGACGACUGGAAGUUUCCGCCUUCGGCAUAUGGGGAACCGCUUGCGACGAUAAAUUCUACACACUCAGUGCCAAUACACUUUGCCCCAUUUUCGGUUACAGCCGUGGAUAUCCGGUUAACAAUGCUGGGUUUGGGGCGGGUACUGGGGUAAUCUGGUUGGACGAUGUGGCGUGCUCAGGGAACGAGACUCGCAUAUCCCAGUGUUCACACCGUCCUUGGGUGGAAAACGUAUGUCAGCACGAUGAUGAUCUCGGUUUGGUCUGUUCAAACGAUACUACAGGUAGGGCUACAGAGUUGAAACAUCUGACUCAACGCUCCCUCAACGUUCCCGGUGGAGACUAUAGGUUUACUCCCGGCAGCGAAGGAGUCGAAUUGCCGAAUGCGUAUUUUGGACAAGGGACUAGACAGAUUUGGUUGAACGAAGUUCGUUGUUCUGGGAACGAGACUGUUAUAUCAGAGUGCUCAACUUGGGGGUGGGGAAUUCACAACUGCCGUCACAACGAGGACGUGAGUUUGGUCUGUUUUAACCCAAACCCCCAGGAGGAGCUAUUGACCAGACUGGUUGACGGCCAUCGGAGCCCAAACUAUCUCACCGGGCGCCUGGAAAUAUUCAAUGGUGGACUCUGGGGCGCGGUGUGCGAAGAGGGCUUUCGUCUCUGCUCCUGUAAUCUGUCGUAG